UUGCGUUUGUGUGUUGCUUGAGUCUCCAUUCUGACAUUACUGGUUACUGGCAUGGCCAUGCGCUCUUUUAGGCUUUUCUCUGAUAUCGAGAGAAAUAAUAUAUAUUGUAUGUAGUAUGUAAAACGGGCGUAUUAUUUAAAAAUAUUCGUAGUAAAAAAGCAAAACACGUAUAUGAAACAAAUGUUUGCAGUAAUGGAAAAAGUGCGAAGAUACGAGAAAAUCGAUUUUUUAGGCGAAGGACAGUUUGCCACAGUUUAUAAAGCAAAAGAUGAAGAAACGAAUAAAAUAGUUGCUGUGAAAAAGAUCAAAGUUGGAAGUCGUGCAGAAGCCAAAGAUGGCAUAAACAGAACUGCUUUGCGAGAAAUCAAAUUACUGCAAGAGUUAAAGCAUGAUAAUAUCAUUGGCUUAUUGGAUGUUUUCGGCCAUAAAUCCAAUGUAUCCUUAGUAUUUGAUUUUAUGGACACUGAUCUGGAAGUAAUAAUAAAGGAUAACAAUAUAGUUUUAACUGCAGCAAAUAUCAAAGCAUACAUGAUCCAAACACUGCAAGGCCUAGAAUAUCUUCAUUUUAAUUGGAUACUUCAUAGAGAUUUAAAACCAAAUAAUUUACUGGUAAAUUCAGAAGGUGUUCUAAAAAUUGGAGAUUUUGGCUUAGCAAAAUUUUUUGGAUCACCUAAUCGGAUAAAUACUCAUCAAGUUGUCACGAGAUGGUACAGAGCACCUGAAUUACUUUACGGUGCUAGACUUUAUGGAACUGGAAUUGAUAUGUGGGCAAUAGGUUGUAUAUUAGCUGAACUUUUGCUACGGGUACCAUUUUUACCUGGUGAAUCUGAUUUGGACCAACUCACUAGAAUAUUUCAGACACUGGGUACUCCAACGGAAGAAACAUGGCCGGGAAUGACUGAAUUACCAGAUUUCAUUCAAUUCAAACCCUUUCCUGGAACACCACUGAAGCAUAUAUUUACUGCUGCUGGUGAUGAUCUUUUGGAUUUAAUUGCUAGUUUCUUGAAUGUGAACCCAUUAGAAAGAUGUACAUGCGAUCAAGCACUGCAGAUGCCAUAUUUCAGUAACAAACCUGCACCUACACCUGGACCUAAAUUGCCUCUACCUACAACUAUUAAACGUCAACGUGAAGAAAGACCUAGCUUAAAAAGAAAACUGCUUGAGUCUCUAGAAGGUGCCUCUUUAGCUAAAAGAUUGCAAUUUUAAUCAUGAUUGAUAUUACAAGUGGAUCAUUUGCAAGAUACAAUAAUCUCAGAAAAUUAGAGAAAUAGAAAUUUGUAAUACUGCAUGUGCAAAUAUUAUAUCACACAUUGCAGUGCAGAUAAUAUACAAAUAUAUACUAGAAUUUUCCUCGAAUAAUUAUCUGCAUAUACACAUGAAAUAAACACGUGUUUUUGUUUAAAAAAAUUUUACGAAUGUAUAUAUUAUAUAAUAUAUAUAAUAUUCAGGACUUUUUAUAUAAAACUUGCACAAAAUUUGAUAAGAAAUUAUAAUAAUAAUUCUAAUGCGAAUAUUAGAAAAAUUCUCUUUUCUGAGCAAAUCACAAUAUUUUCGAUUAUUAAUGGUUGAUAGAGAUUGAAUAAGAAAUAGGAAGAAUUGCAUAUAACAGGUAUAGCAAUAAUAAUAUGCGCGUUGAAAAAUACAAUGUUUUAUGUUGCAUUAUCUUUAUUAACUUAAAAAUUAGUAAGGAACGCUUGAUACUCGAACGAUUUUGUAAAUUGUGAAACAUUCAAUUUGAAGUAGUAUAGCAGAAGUAGUAAAGAGGUGAUUGAAUCACAAACCAAUAUAGUAUUAAUCUCAAGUAAAUUAUCUUUUAACUUGGAUUGAUCUUCACAAUAACUGCAAAUGUUCUGAUAGCAUAUUUCAAUUCACACUAUGAUUGUGUGUUUAUGUUAUUGAUGUAUUAAUUGGCUUCUCAAAAAAAAAGGAAAAACAAAAUAAAUUACAGAAGCUUCUUUGCAAAUUAAUGAGUUUUGAUUAAAAACUUUAUGUUCUGUGUGUAUGUGAUUCUGCUAAUGUACAUUUUGUAAAUAAUGUUCAUAUUUGAUUGUACUGUGUUGAAAAUAUCUCCAAGUAUUGUUAGAGUAUCUGUCUCUGAUAUACAUAUAUAUAUAUGUACAUACAUAUAACUACAUGUAACUACAUGUAACUGUAAAUCAAUACUGCUGUACAACAAAAAUACAAUUUCGUACAAGAUUAUUUUUAAUUUAUUAUAUUAAUGCACACACGUUAAUGACAAAG